AUGAUGAUGAUGAGGCAUGGUGGUAGUGGUGCUAUGAACACUGCAACGUUGUUGGCAAAGAAAGGUUUACUAGGUGCUGAAGUUGUUGCUCCAAACAAAUGGGGUUCUUUGGUUAUCAGGAAUGGAAGCACUUUUGCUGCCAAUUUGUCAGAUCAGAAAGAGAAGACUAGUUCUUCUCAAGGUAGUGUUGGUGCUAAUGGUGGGAACAAAGAUGAAAAAGGAAUAAUGAGUUAUUGGGGUGUUCAACCCUCAAAGAUCAUAAAACAAGAUGGUACUGAAUGGAAGUGGAAUUGCUUCAGGCCAUGGGAGACAUACAAAGCAGAUGUUACAAUUGAUCUGAAUAAGCAUCAUGCACCAACAAAUUUUCUCGACAAAAUGGCUUAUUGGACUGUUAAGAGUCUUAGGUACCCUACAGAUCUCUUUUUCCAGAGACGGUAUGGAUGCCGAGCAAUGAUGCUUGAGACAGUGGCAGCUGUUCCUGGCAUGGUGGGAGGAAUGCUACUUCACUGCAAAUCGUUGCGCCGAUUUGAGCACAGUGGUGGAUGGAUCAAAGCGUUGCUAGAAGAAGCCGAGAACGAACGGAUGCAUCUAAUGACAUUCAUGGAAAUUGCGAAACCAAAGUGGUAUGAGCGUGCUCUUGUCAUAACCGUGCAAGGUGUUUUCUUUAAUGCUUAUUUCUUGGGAUAUUUGGUGUCGCCAAAAUUUGCUCACCGUAUGGUUGGUUACCUUGAGGAAGAAGCUAUUCAUUCUUAUACUGAGUUUCUCAAGGAGCUUGAUAAAGGGAAUAUAGAAAAUGUUCCUGCUCCAGCUAUUGCUGUUGACUAUUGGCAGCUUCCACCAAACUCUACUUUGAGGGAUGUUGUUAUGGUUGUUAGAGCCGAUGAAGCGCAUCAUCGCGAUGUCAACCACUUUGCAUCAGAUAUACAUUACCAGGGGAGAGAGUUAAGAGAGGCUGCUGCUCCAAUUGGUUAUCACUAG